UAAGUGUUUAGUAAGUGGGAGUGCUAAAAUGACCUACAGGAGGUGGGCGGGUGUUCAGUGACUAAUCCCUAUGGACCACAUAAAUACUGCCUUCAGGGCAUGAGAGAAGACAGAGAGAUCAAGCUGAGAAGACACAACAAGACCGCAUGUUCUUCACUUCUGGCUUGAUCUGAUCUGACUUCUCCUAGGAAGACCGUUUCUCCAGCUUUGUUUUCUGUUUCCUUAUUAAAGUUUACUUUGAUCUGUGACUUGAAGCUCUAAAUAUGAGACUUGGAGUCCUGUCAUUUCUGGUUCUAGGAAUCUGCUCAUUAACAGUGUGGUGUCUUCCACUCAAAUCUGUGUAUGUGACAUUCCCUGGAGAUGUGAUCAAGAAAAUGACAGACAUACAGCUGGCAGAUGAGUACCUGAAGCGUUAUGGCUACAUAGAUGUCUUGCAGAAGAGUGGAAUGCAGUCAGUCAUAUCCACUUCAAAAGCUCUGAAGAAGCUCCAAAAGCAUCUCGGACUGCAGGAGACAGGGACACUUGACAAACGCACAAUUGAUGCAAUGAAGCAGCCUCGUUGUGGGGUCCCAGAUAUCCGCAACUAUCAGACUUUUGCUGGGGACCUGAAAUGGAACCACAAAGAUGUCACAUACAGAAUUCUGAAUUAUUCUCCUGACAUGGAAGCCUCUUUGAUCGAUGACGCAUUUGCCAGAGCUUUCAAGGUGUGGAAUGAUGUGACCCCUCUGACUUUUACCCGCCUCUAUGAGGGCACUGCUGACAUCAUGAUCUCCUUUGGGAAAGCAGAUCACGGUGAUGGCUACCCAUUUGAUGGCACAGAUGGCCUGCUGGCUCACGCCUAUCCUCCAGGUGAAGGAAUACAGGGGGAUGCCCAUUUUGAUGAUGAUGAAUACUGGACAUUGGGCACCGGACCUGCAAUUCAAACUCGCUACGGUAACGCAGAUGGAGCCAUGUGCCACUUCCCGUUCCUGUUUGAGGGAAUAUCCUACAAAACCUGUACCACUGAGGGGCGCACAGAUGGACUCCCCUGGUGCGCCACCACUGCAGACUAUGACAAGGACAAUAAAUUUGGCUUCUGUCCCAGUGAACUUCUCUUCACAUUUGGGGGGAACAGCAAUGAGGCACCAUGUGUCUUUCCCUUUGUGUUUCAGGGGGUAAAAUAUGACUCAUGCACCACAGAUGGACGAACUGAUGGGUAUCGCUGGUGUGCCACUACAGCUAACUUUGACACAGAUAGCCAAUAUGGAUUCUGCCCUAAUAGAGAUACAGCUGUGAUUGGUGGGAAUUCAGAUGGAGAGCCAUGCCAGUUUCCUUUCAUCUUCCUGGGAAAGACAUACACUUCCUGCACCAGCGAUGGCCGAGGUGAUGGAAAACUCUGGUGUGGAACUACCAGCAAUUAUGACACAGACAAAAAAUGGGGAUUUUGCCCUGAUAGGGGAUACAGUCUGUUUCUGGUAGCUGCCCAUGAGUUCGGACAUGUACUUGGUCUGGACCACUCCAACAUCAAAGAUGCUCUGAUGUAUCCCAUGUACAAAUAUGUAGAGGAUUUCUCUCUGCAUAGUGAUGACAUCAAGGGCAUUCAGUAUCUAUAUGGACCUAAAACAGGCCCUGAUCCCACUCCACCACAACCCAAGACAACUAAUUCCUCUCCAAUCAUGCCAACUAGACCCACCCCAAGUGAGACAACUGCAUUUGUUUCCACCACAACACAUGUAGUAGACCCUUCCCAGGAUGCCUGUGAAAUCAAAGAAUUUGAUGCCAUCACUGAAAUCCAGAAAGAGCUUCAUUUCUUCAAGGAUGGGCACUACUGGAAGUUAUCAAGCACUGGAAAACACAAAGGUCCUUUCUUGGUAUCUGAGAAAUGGCCUGCCUUGCCAGCAGUCAUUAAUACUGCCUUUGAAGACCAACUUACUAAAAAGAUUUACUUCUUUGCAGAAAAACAGUUCUGGGUAUAUACCGGAAAUGAAGUACUCGGACCACGUAGAAUUGAGAAGCUCGGCCUACCAAGCAACUUAGAAAGAGUGGUGGGAGCAAUCCAGAGAGGAAAAGGCAAAGUGCUUCUAUUUAACGGCGAGAACUUCUGGAGACUGGAUGUAAAGGCUCAGUUGAUAGACAGAGGGUACCCUCAAUUUACUGGAUCAGCUUUUGGUGGAGUGCCUAUCGAUUCACACGAUGUAUUCAUGUACAAGGGAUUCUUUUACUUUUGCCGGGAAAGUUUCUUCUGGAGAAUGAAUUCCAGAAAGCAGGUUGACCAAGUUGCAUAUGUGAAGUACAACCUCCUGAAAUGCUAUGACGGCAGUCAUUAGACACAGUCUAAUGAAGACGUCCAACAUCCUAAC